GCAAGGCUUGAACAGAGCAGACUUCUUUUUUACCUCCAAAUUGUGAGAAUGGCGGCUUUAGCUAAUUGGUCUGUGGAGAGAUGCUUGAUGUUGAUUUCUCUGUGGGAGAAAUACCCGUGGAUGUAUGAUCCAGCUCAUCCUGAUUAUCUGGACCGGAAUAAGACCAAGAAUGCCUUAACAGAAAUUGCUCAUGCUCUGGGCGAUGAUUUAACAGAAAACGAUGUGAGGCUGAAAAUGCGCUCACUUAGAACGUCUCUUCUGCAACAGAUAGUAUCAUAUAAUUCCCGAUAUAAAAGCGGUGCGAACGAAAAUGAUGUGGCAGAGCCAGCAUGGAUCUAUUGGAAAGAGCUCUGUUUUUUGAGACCUUUUAUAAAAACACGAAAAGGUCCAGAUAACUUGAGUUUGACAUCAACAACCACCUCGCAGUCUCCAGAAGAGGAGAAAGGAGAUUUGAAGGCUCUCCUCACUUCUAUUGGUGCCAUCACAGAAGAAACAGCUGAAGCAGUUGCUGCCUCACCCAGAGUUUACCAAGAAACACCAUCACCAAAGGCACCAGACCUUGCAAAAAAGAAGAGGUCAGACACCCCCAGUCCAGCUCAACAGGCUGUGGAGAUUCUAAAAGAUAUGCAAACGGCAAGUGAGGAGCGAAGAAAGAAAGCAACUUAUAAUGAGCUGUUUUUUCAAAUGGUAGCUCGGGCAAUGGAAGACUUUCCUAAAGACAUUCAGCAUCAAUUACAAUUUGAUAUAUUUAAAAUGAUACAUGAGACAAGAGUAAAGUUGUUGAAUACAAAGUGAUUAGGAAAAAUAAACCACAAGUGUCCCACAUUAGCCAUCAUUUAUUGUU